GUUGUCACUUUCCUUGGGGCAUCCAAUGGUUCAAGCAGAUCCCAGUGCAACGCCGAGCCAACCGCCAAAGCCAAAGCCAAAGCCGGGCGUCGACUACACGGGCGUCGAUAUGACCAACGCCGAGGCAAUGCGGAUGCGUGAAGCAACAUGCAAGAUCUGCACAGACUUCAAGUCGUGGACGCGCGUCGGCGCCGGAUCGGACGGCAAGGCAGGCGGAACGAGCGGCGGUGGCGCCAAGACAGUGAUGACGACGGGCCAGUCCCAGCAGAGCAAGCACGCGGCACCCGCUGCUGGAUCAGGUCACUCGUCUGGCUCAAGUGAGUCUGGAUCUGGGUCUGGGCCGAGUGGCGCGGCAUCUGGAGCAGGGAAGGCCGCCAACAAUGCUGCUGCUGCUGCUGCUGCUGCUGGUGGGGUAUUGGCUGCAGCUGCAUUGGGAGCACAGUCAUCGAGCCCUGUGGCAGCUCAAGAAGCACCUGCAAGUCAACCCCAGCCACCCACAAUUCGCGACGACUGCCCUGCAGACUCGGUCGAACUUGGCCGAUCCACUUGGACUUUCUUGCACACGAUGGCUGCGUACUAUCCAGACAAGCCAUCCGAAAAGCAACAGUCCGACAUGUCCAACUUUCUCACCUUCUUUUCGCGAGUCUACCCGUGCGACUACUGCGCGGAUCACAUGCGCGGGGAAAUGGUAACCGACAAACCUGUCGUCACCUCGCGAUUCGGCCUCUCGCAAUGGUUUUGCCGACUGCACAACGAGGUCAAUCGGCGUCAAGGCAAGCCCGAGUUUGACUGCUCGCGUGUGGAUGAGCGCUGGCGCGACGGGUGGAAGGACGGUUCGUGCGAGAAUCCAGAGCAGUAACAAGUCUAGUCUUCUUCAAUGGAUUUUGUUGACUAUUGACGUUAGUCUUGCUGUUUGAAACGAUGUAUUAUACAGAAUCCCUCCAAAAAUCAUUCAUCGGAGGUGCACCCCAAAUUCAGUAAAAGUACAAAAC